GGAGCGUAGGCUGACUGGUGAAAAAUGCAAAAUGACAUAUAGCAAAUGUUGGAGCAUAAUUCAUUCACGUUUUCGGAUCAAAUAUUGAAUUUAAUCACAUCAUUGGAGCUCCAAUGUAACGAUCUCGUGCUAGACCUGGUACGUGAAGGUGGAUUUUUUUGUAUAUUUCAAUUUAUGAAAUACCACAUUUGCAGAGGAAAAAUAUUGGCCACACCAACAUGGGGCUGUGCUACAGUUUGCGUCCCCGGCUCUUCGGGGACCUGAGCGGGUCUAUUUCAAACGCUACCUCGGACUCGGAUCAGCCGCCAGACCCAGCUGUACCUUGCCGAGCCGGGGGAACUCGUCAAGAGGACACAGGGGGUUAUGGCGAGACUUCGUCGCUCCGAGACGGUAGCAGCCAAGUACGCCAUGGGGACACAGUCAAGCUCCCGCCCAGGGAGCCCCGCGGUAGAGACAACACGGGCACCGAUGUAGUGCUCAUACAGAACGGAGGCGGAGUAGGCAAGGGAACGGGCAAGGACCGCAGUCGACGAAUACAGCUGCUGCAGAAAACAACCAGCACCCAAAAACAGAAAAACUGGGACAAACUGCUGGUGGAGGAGAAGGAGGCCGAGAGGGAGGCGAAGAAAAUCAGCAAGAACAUUGACAGGGCGUUAAAGGAGCUCAAACGGGAGUACAAACAGACACAUCGGCUGCUAUUACUGGGUGCUGGAGAGUCGGGGAAAAGUACUAUUGUGAAGCAGAUGAGGAUUCUACACGUCAAUGGCUUUAACGCAGAAGAAAAGAAACAGAAAAUUCAAGAUAUUCGGAAAAACGUGAAGGAUGCGAUAGUGACGAUCGUGUCAGCCAUGAGCACUUUGAUACCCCCUGUCUCUCUCGCCAACCCCGAAGACCAGUUCAGAAUCGAAUACAUCAAAAGCAUAGCUCCUCUCUCGGACUUUGACUACACACAGGAGUUCUUUGAUCAUGCCAAGAAGCUGUGGGAUGACGAGGGAGUGAAGGCGUGCUUCGAGAGAUCCAACGAGUACCAGCUCAUCGACUGUGCACAAUAUUUCCUGGACAGAAUUGACUCAGUAAGACAAGGAGACUACAGUCCCACAGACCAGGACCUGCUACGAUGCAGAGUGUUAACGUCAGGGAUAUUCGAGACGCGAUUCCAAGUAGACAAAGUCAACUUUCAUAUGUUUGAUGUAGGUGGCCAGAGAGAUGAGAGGAGAAAAUGGAUCCAAUGCUUUAAUGAUGUGACUGCUAUCAUCUUUGUGGUUGCCAGCAGCAGCUACAACAUGGUUAUACGAGAAGACAACAACACCAACAGGCUACGGGAAGCCCUGGAUCUCUUCCGCAGUAUCUGGAAUAACAGGUGGUUACGCACCAUAUCGGUCAUACUGUUUCUGAACAAGCAGGACAUGUUGGCCGACAAAGUAUUAGCUGGGAAAUCCAAAAUCGAAGACUACUUUCCGGAAUAUUCUCGCUACACCAUACCCAACGAAGCGACUCCUGAACCCGGCGAAGACCCAAAAGUAACAAGAGCUAAGUUCUUCAUCCGAGACGAGUUCCUGAGGAUCAGCACAGCCAGUGGAGAUGGCAGACACUACUGCUACCCCCACUUCACCUGUGCUGUGGACACGGAGAACAUCAGGAGAGUCUUCAACGACUGUCGCGAUAUCAUUCAGAGGAUGCAUCUGAGGCAGUACGAACUCUUGUGAUGGGAUGGACAGACACACACACACACAGUACAGACACACACACACACACACACACACACACAGUACAGACGCAAACACACACACAGCUCCGUCAAGCCUUCUGGGAUUUUAUUCAACCAUUCUGCAUCCUCAACCCAAACCCGACCCUGCCCCCCCCCCCCCCCCGCCCCUCUAUGAAGUACUACUGAAGUCUGUCAUCCUAUUUUUCCUCUUUUUGGAAAACGUGUCCUUUUGUUGGAGACUGUUUCAUCCCUCCUUUUCACUGAUAGGAAGGAAGGAAGGAAGGAAGGAAGGAAGGAAGGAAGGAAGGAAGGAAGGAAGGAAGGAAGGAAGGAAGGAAGGAAGGAAGGAAGGAAGGAAGGAAGGAAGGAAGGAAGGAAAACAAAACGUUUUGGGUGUUUUCCUUUUUCUCUCUUGAAUGCCUUGAUUUGAUUUGUAACAUUCCACUAAGCCUGAGGCUGACUCCUCCUCCUUCUCACAUUCUGUUCUGUCAUUGGACUGGACUGAACUGGGCUGGAACUGGACAAGACUGGGUAGCUGGGCAGGUGGUGAUGUUUGGAUGUGAGAAGAGACCCCCCCCCCCCCCCCCCAGCAAGACCUCAUUUUAGAGGCAGUGUCGGUGUGUCUGUUUGAGAAGAGACCCCCCCUACAAGACCUCAGCGUAGAAGCAGUCACCUGCAAGUUGGAGCUGGCAUCACCCCCUGACCCCCCCCCCCCAUCCUUCUACUUCUCCUCUCUGACAUGACAGACAACUUGAUGAGGAGGACGAGACAGAUGAAGACGAAGAGAGAAUGCACUUUUGUAUCAGGUUGCUUAAUACCUUAUUUUUUGAGGAAGUAUAAACACAAUGUAGCAUCAAAAUAUUUAUAACUCUGUUUUACACUGUAUAGUGUUGCGAGUUGCAGGUGGACUAAAGGAUGGAGAGACUCUGGCCUCCUGUUGUGUGAGGUCUUGAAGGACUGAUACAGGAUGGUGGUAGAGAGAAAGGAGAGAGAGAGGGGGGGGGGGGG